AUGGCGGUGUGGACGCGCGCCCGCAAGGCCGGGCUGGUGGAAGUGCUGCUGCGCGAGCGCUGGGUGCGGGCGCUGGCCGAGCUGAGCGGGGAGGCGCUGGCGCUGAGCUCCGAGCCGGAGCCGCGCAACGGUCUGCCCAACGGCGCCGCCGCCUCGCCCUCCGCCUCCCCCGAGCGGGGCGCUGCCUCCCCCUGGCCGCCGGCACCCGGCUCGCCCUCCCCGCCGCGGGGCUCGGCGCCGGGCUCCCCCCCGGCCGGGGUGCGGCGCGUGCGGGUGGUGAAGGCGGAGGCGGGCGGGCUGGGCAUCAGCAUCAAGGGCGGGCGCGAGAACCGCAUGCCGGUGCUCAUCUCGCGCAUCUUCCCGGGGCUGGCGGCCGAGCGCUGCGGGGCGCUGCACCUGGGCGACGCCAUUCUGGCCGUCAACGGCAUGGACCUCCGCGACGCCACCCACGACCAGGCCGUGCAGGCACUCAAGCGGGCCGGCCGGGAGGUCCUGCUGGAAGUGAAAUACAUGCGGGAGGCAACUCCGUACAUCAAGAAGCCGUCGCUGGUGUCCGACCUGCCGUGGGACGGGGCCUUUCCGCACUCUCCCAGCCUCAGCCUCAGCGAGGAGUCUGGCUCCCCAAAGCACCAGAGCGCCCCCCAGGAUCGCAAAAUCAUCCCCUUGAAGAUGUGCUACGCUGCCAGGAACCUGAGCAUGCCGGACCUGGAGAACAGGCUGAUUGAGCUGCACUCACCCGACAGCCGGAACACCCUGAUCCUUCGCUGCAAGGACACGGCCACGGCGCAUUCGUGGUUCAUGGCAAUCCACACCAACAUCAUGGCUCUCCUCCCACAAGUCCUGGCUGAGCUCAACGCCAUGUUGGGGGCCAGCCACACGGCAGGCAGCAGCAGAGAGGUCAAGCAGAUCGCCUGGCUGGCUGAGCAGGUGAGCCCCUCACCCGGCACCUCUCAUUGGCGGCCGAUCCUCUUGGCUGUGACGGAGAAGGACCUGCUGCUCUUCGACUCCGUGCCCUGGACAAGGGACGCCUGGGCCUCUCCCUGCCACAGCUACCCACUGGUGGCCACCAGGCUGGUGCAUUCAGGCUGCAAGUUGCCCUGCCUGGGAUCAGACCUCACCUUUGCCACGCGGUCAGGGUCUCGCCAGGGCAUCGAGAUGCACGUUUUCCGUGUGGAGACCCACCGCGACCUCUCCACCUGGACCAGGACUCUGGUGCAAGGCUGCCAUGCUGCUGCAGAGCUUGUCAAGGAGGUCUCCGUAGGCUGCAUCUGGAACAGGCAGGACAUUCGACUCACAAUCCACUAUGAAAACGGCUUCACCGUGUCCAACGAGGGAGCUGGUUCUACCAGUAUCCUUCUCCGAUACCCUUUUGAGAAGCUGAAGAUGUCUGCUGACGAUGGGGUCCGAAACCUGUACUUGGACUUUGGCGGCCCGGAGGGGGAACUGGCCCUGGAACUGCACUCCUGCCCCAAGCCCCUGGUCUUUGUCCUGCACACCUUCCUGUCGGCCAAAGUGACCCGCCUGGGCCUCCUGGCCUAG